AUGUGGACACCCAAUUCUCUACAGAGAUCUAGAGUUGCUGUAUCAUCCCAAGAAACUAUAGACGAUUACUUUAAAUUAUUGGAUUCUACUAUAAACAAACUUAACCUACAAGACAAACCAUCACAAAUAUGGAAUGCAGACGAGGCUGGGUUUGGCAAAGAAACAGACCAGAUAAAACAGAAAAUAAUAUCUCCAACAGGUACAAAGAAUCCAUACAGACAGCAAAUGACUGAUUACGAGCACAUAACUUUAUUAGCAUGUGCAUCUGCUGCAGGUGGAUUUAUGCCAAAUAUGCUUAUUUUCACUAAAAGUCUUCCAAGUGGACGUUACGCUUCUGAAAUGCCAAAAGACUGGUUGUAUGCAACCGCAGAAAAUGGCUACAUCACUAGAGAUUUAUUUGAAAACUGGUUUGAAAAAGUUUUUAUUCCAAGCAUUGGUCUAAGACGCCCAAACCUCCUUAUUAUAGAUAACCAUUCCUCUCAUCUAUCAAUUCCUGUCAUUGAUAUGGCUAUUGAACACAGUGUAGAAAUUUUAGGAUUGCCUCCGCACACCUCCCAUUUCCUGCAGCCAUUAGAUCAAAUUUUCCAUCCGUUGAGAAGUGGGUACAGCGAGCUUGCCCUGAAUAUUGGACUCGUCAAAGCCGACAUGGCACAAGAUAAGGCUUGGUCACCGCAUGUGAUCAAGCAAGGCUUCAGAAAGACGGGCUUGUAUCCACUUGAUAGCACUGCCAUCGACAAGUCUUUUAUACGACCGAAUCCUACCACAACUAUUCAAACAGAUGAUCCAUCUGUGGAAAAUAAUGAAACCACUAGCAAUGACACAUGUAAAACAUGUGGAAGAACAACCACGAAUCCAUUGGUGAAGGCAGGAUUAGUAGAUAAGGACCUUCAUGAUAUUCUGGUUCUGGGGAUAUCACUAAGUCAGACAAAACAAAUAAAAAAAGGUUAA